AUGGUGCUGAAACGUGUGAAAGGAGAGCACGGUGAGAAAGGGCCUCCUGGCCCACAGGGUCCUCCAGGCAGGGCAAUUGGAGAAAGAGGCCCAGAAGGUCCACCAGGACAGGCAGGUGAACCUGGAAAGCCAGGAAUACCAGGAGUACCAGGACGAGCCGGUGAACUUGGAGAAGCUGGCAGACCUGGGGACAAGGGGGAGAAGGGGCAGAAAGGGGACAGAGGGCCAGCUGGUCCGGCUGGAUUGCCUGGCCUAGGGGGACCUCCAGGACCAAAGGGGGAUUCUGUCUCCGCUCAGAGUGGUUUGCCUGGUCCAAGGGGUCUUCCAGGCCCUCAAGGUAUCAGAGGAGAGCCUGGUCCAGUAGGACCUCCUGGACCUACAGGAGAGAGGGGCUACACAGGUCCUCGUGGGGAAAAGGGAGAAAAAGGAGCCAGUGGAGAAAGUGGAAACGAUGGCUCACCAGGAAGUCCAGGAGAGCCAGGAAAACCAGGGGCGGAUGGGAAGCCGGGGAAUCCAGGAGAACCAGGAAUAAGAGGACCAACUGGAUCGAUGGGUGGAAAUGGACCCCCAGGGGCUCCUGGUGUGAAGGGUGACCAAGGAGAACCAGGCAUUGGAGUUCAAGGUCCUCCUGGACCUCAGGGCAACAGAGGGUUACCUGGACCUCUAGGCACUCCAGGAGCAAUAGGACCACAAGGACCUCCAGGGCUUCCAGGACAAGUGGGUAUUGCCGGACCCAUCGGUCCCCCAGGACUUAAAGGAGAGCAAGGAGACAGCGGUCCACCAGGAAAGUCUGUCACCGGACCCCCUGGAAUGAAGGGUGAGAUGGGUCCUCCUGGUCUGACAUUGCCAGGUACAGUUGGAGAAAGAGGCCUUCCUGGAUUACCGGGUCCAAAAGGAGACAAAGGGCCAGCAGGGAUCAAAGGAGAAAGAGGUGCUGCGGGUGAUCCUGGAGAUCCUGGUGAGAAUGGAAUGAGAGGACCAUCUGGGCCCAAAGGAGUCAAAGGAGAGGCAGGUGUGGGAAUGCCUGGGCCUCCAGGACAAUCUGGACCCAUCGGCUUAAAGGGUGACUCUGGCUUACCAGGUCAUCCGGGCCCUCAUGGACCACGUGGAUUGGAUGGCACGCCAGGACUGGCAGGGCAGAGAGGUGAAGCAGGUCAGCCAGGACCACCAGAAGAGAGGGGUCUACAAGGAUUUAUUGGCAAAGCCGGAAACCCAGGAACACCAGGAGCUGCUGGGCCCCCAGGACCCCCUGGUACUGCGGGCCUUCCAGGACUUAAGGACGAUAAGGGUGAAAUUGGUGUUGGAGUGCCAGGUUCAAGAGGAGAGCGAGGAGACCCAGGGCCUAGGGGAGAAGAAGGUCGGACUGGAACAGAUGGAGAGAGAGGCCCUACUGGUCCUCCUGGCAGCAAAGGAAACAGAGGAGAUAAGGGUGAACAAGGUCCUUCUGGAAUCAAAGGGAGAUACUCUGCUGGUGGGGGGACCUCCAGGGGAGAAAGGAGUGAAAGGAGAAACCGUGCACAGGGUGAAAAGGGUGCAAAGGGACAGGAAGGACCACCAGGAGAACAGGGUCUGAGAGGGGAGGUUCCUCUGGCUUCCAGGGAGCCCGUGGUCCUGGUGGUCAGAAGGGAGAAGCAGGGCAGCCAGGUAUCUCAGGAGAAGCAGGAACACAUGGUAAAGAUGGUCUGCCUGGCAUGAGAGGAGAGAAGGGAGAGGUUGGGUCCGUAGGUCAGCGAGGCCUCAAGGGAGAACGAGGCUCCAAGGGAACAUGUGGACCAAGCGGACCAAAGGGAGACAAG